AUGGGUUUAAAUUUUGGAACAGGCAGAUCCGAGAGGAGAAGCGACACCGGGGCCUCUGCCCCUACUCUGCCUCUGACAACCCCGACUGCAACAAGAACAAUGUUGCAGGCUGCAGCCCAGGAUUCUAACAACGGACAGCCGGCCAGCUGCGCCGCCCCAUCCACCAACGCAGGAGUCUCAUCACCAACAGAAGACAACACCGCGGCG